UCCUUCUGUAAUUAGGAUCUUCCUGUAUUAUAUAUACGAGGCUUAGCCCUCCGUUCAUAAUAUAGAAAAUAAUAAUUCUUCAUGGUAUCAGAGCCUCUGUUCCGCUCUCUCUCUUGCUCGACCAAACCCUAGCAGCGCCGCAUCUCCCCAGCGCCGCCUUCUCUCUCUCUCUCUGCCGAACUUCAGGAGCGCCGCUUUCACAGUCCGGCAGUCUCCCUCUCCUUCGCCUAUCUCCUUGUUUUCCUUUCGGCAGACUCACCACCACCACCAUGUCUGAGAAAGCUCCGACCACCAACACGGCAUCAUCAUCUUCGACUCCUCACUUGGCGUUCACAACCAUCUCCAACGUCAAGCUUCAUGUGCCAAUUCUUCUCAGUUUCUCCGAGCCGAAUUACAAGAAGUGGAGUCGGCUUUUUCUCCUUCUCAUCCGCCGGUUCUCCUUGGGUGACUUUCUCACCGGCAAGUCAUCACCGUCAAGCGCCGACGACAACGAAUGGCACCAACUCGACGCUCUCAUUCAAGGUUGGAUCUUAUCUACGGUGAAUGAUGAAGUUUGUGAUCUCGUGCUCUCUACCACCAACUCAGCCUCGGAAUUAUGGAAAUCAAUCUACAAUCUAUUCCAUGACAACAAAGCAGCCCGGGCUAUGCAACUUGAGCACCAAUUCCGCACAACCACGAAAGGGUCUCUCUCCAUGGCCGCCUAUUGCCAAACCCUUCGCAACUUAGCGGAUUGGUUGGAUGAUGUGGACGCCACCGUCUCCGAACAACAACUCGUUCUCCAAGUUCUCCGUGGUCUACCGGAUGAUCGUCGUGGCCAAACUUCCUUCCUUCAAUAUCAAACGCCGCCCCCCACUUUUCUCCAAACUCGGUCGGCCCUCCUUCUUCUUGAACAACAACGGACUGACUUGGGUGGUGGCAGUCUCGGUGGAGACAGUGGCACGGCACUGUACGCCGGCAGUGGAGGCCCUAGCGGCGGUGAUUCACGGCGCCAUGGCAGCGCCGGUGGCGGACGGGCAGAUCGGGCAGACUCAAGCGGCAGGGGCAGUUCUGGAAAUUAUCAGCGGCAGGGGCAGCGUGGUGGACAGCAGCGGAGUCGUGGUCGCGGCCGAAGCUCCGGGUCAAAUGCACGGCACACCUUCGGGCAGUUUCCUGGACACCUUCGCGAUCCGCAAUGGUAUAUGGACACCGGCGCCACACAUCACAUAGCCUCUGACCCAGGAUAUGCUGACGGGAACCGUGAUUCAUCGGUCCAGUAAUGAUGGCCCACUCUACCCUAUGAGCCCAACAGCUGACCCUGUCCCAGUCCAGGCCCACGUUGCCACCGGAGAUCCGGAGCUCUGGCAUCGUCAUCUUGGUCACCCG